CGCCCGCCCGCCUCUCCCGCCUUUUGAGUCUUUGGCAGCGGAGCCUGCUCAGCCCAGCGUGGUUUCGGGAAGUCAGAUGACCUUUCCUCUCCCCUGGCUCUCAGCUGUCCGGUCCUGACACCAUGUCCCCUCUGCUGGCUCCCCUCGGCCUGCUGCUGCUGUGCCCAGGCCUGGCCGCUGUCCCCUGCCCUCAGAAUGUCAAUAUAUCCGGUGGCACUUUCACCCUCAGCCAUGGCUGGGCCCCUGGGAGCCUCCUCACCUACACCUGCCCCCCGGGCAGCUACCCAGUCCCAGCCUGGAGACGAUGCCAGAGCAACGGGCAGUGGCAGACCCCAAGAACCAGCCCGACGUCCACUCUGCGGUCCCCUCGGUUCGUUAGAGCCGUCUGCAAACCUGUUCGCUGUCCGGCCCCUGCCUCCUUUGAGAACGGCAUGUACACCCCUCGGCUGGGGUCCCACCCUGUGGGUGGCAACCUGAGCUUCCAGUGCGACUCCGGCUUCACGCUGAGGGGCUCGCCCGUGCGGUACUGUCGCCUCAAUGGCGUGUGGGACGGGGAGACAGCUGUGUGUGACACUGGGGCCGGUCACUGCCCCAACCCGGGCGUCUCAGUGGGCGCAGUGCGCACAGGCUCACGGUUCGACCUGGGGGACAAGGUCAGCUACCGGUGCUCCUCCCCGAGUCUGCUCCUGACCGGCUCGGCUGAGCGGGAGUGUCAGAGCAACGGGAUGUGGAGCGGGGCGGAACCCAUCUGCCGACAGCCAUACUCUUACGACUUCCCUGAGGAUGUGGCCUCUGCCUUAGGCAUUUCCUUCACCAACCUGCUCGGGGCCACCAACCCCACCCAGAAGAGGACAACGGAGAGUCUGGGCCGUAGAAUCCAAAUCCAGCGCUCGGGUCGCCUGAACCUUUAUCUGCUGCUCGAUGCAUCCCAGAGUGUGUCAGAGAAAGACUUCGAGAUCUUCAAGGAAAGCGCCUCCCUCAUGGUGGACAGGAUCUUCAGUUUUGAGAUCAAGGUCAGUGUCGCUAUCAUCACUUUUGCUUCCGAGCCCAAGACCGUCCUGUCGGUGCUCAGCGAGAAGUCCCGGGAUGGGGUGGAGGUGAUCCACAGUCUGGGAAAAGCCUGCUAUGAAGAUCACAGGAACGCCUCCGGAACUAACAUUUACAAGGCUCUGGACAGCGUCUACCUCAUGAUAAACAACAUGAUAGCCCGCUUCAACCUGGGGGUCUCUGCCCUGCAUGAAAUCCGCCAUGCCAUCAUCCUGCUGACAGACGGAAAGUCCAACAUGGGUGGCUCUCCCAAGCCAGCGGUUGACAACAUCAGAAAUAUCCUGGAUAUCAAUCAGAACAGGAACGACUAUCUGGACAUCUAUGCUAUUGGAGUGGGCAACCUGGAUGUGGACUGGAGGGAGCUCAAUGAGCUGGGGUCCAAGAAGGACGGGGAGAGGCACGCCUUCAUCUUGCAGGACGCGCGGGCGGUGCAGCAGGUCUUCGAGCACAUGCUGGAUGUCUCCAAGCUCACGGACACCAUCUGUGGGGUGGGGAACAUGUCAGCCAAUGCGUCUGACCAGGAGAGGACACCCUGGCACGUCAUCUUUAAGCCCAAGAGCAAGGAGACUUGCCGGGGGUCCCUCGUCUCUGACCAGUGGGUUCUGACAGCAGCUCACUGCUUCCAUGACACCCAGAUGGAGGACCGCCACUUGUGGAGGGUCAUCGUGGGGGAUCCCAGCUCUCAUCACGGCAAAGAGUUCCUUGUGGAGAAGGCGAUAAUUGCCCCAGAUUUCGAUGUCCGUGCGAAGCAGAGCCAGGGCAUCUCAGAGUUCUAUGCUGACGAUAUUGCCCUGCUGAAGCUGGCCCACAAAGUGAAAAUGUCCACCCAUGCCAGGCCGAUCUGCCUUCCGUGCACUGUGGAGGCCAACGUGGCUCUUCGGAGACCCCCCGGUGGCACCUGCAGAGAGCACGAGACUGAGUUUCUGAAACAGCAGAAAGUCCCUGCACAUUUUGUGGCUGUGAACGGGAAGGAACUGAACAUGAACCUCAGGACAGGACUGGAGCGGACAACCUGUAUCGAGGCCGUCUCCCAAAACAAAAAUCUCUUCCCGAGUUUGACAAAUGUCAGUGAGGUGGUGACAGACCAGUUCCUGUGCAGCGGGAUGGAGGAGGACGACCAUCCUUGCAAAGGAGAAUCUGGGGGCGCGGUUUUCCUUGAGCGGAGAUACAGGUUUUUCCAGGUGGGCCUGGUGAGCUGGGGUCUUUAUGACCCUUGUCAAGGUUCCUCCAACAAGAACUCCCGCAGGAAGCCUCCCCCGGGUGUGGAACCUCGAGACUUCCACAUCAGCCUCUUCAGCCUGCAGCCCUGGCUGAGGCAGCACCUGGAUGGGGUCCUGAACUUUCUGCCCCUUUGACAUUGGUCACCGACUCCUUUAGUGUGUUCUGACCCUCCUGUCUACUACCUCUGAGUGUCCUCACUCCUGGGUACAUGAAUCCUGGGCCCCGGGGACCCAGAGACGGUGGCAAAAGCUGGGGAGUCCCCGGGAUUGUCCCGGGACCACCGUCCGACCUUUUACCUGCGAGCAAACCUAGAGUGCAUGGCUUGUGCUUUUCACCCUCGCACGGAAUUUCCCAGUUAUGAAAUUAAUAAAAACCAACGAUUUCCA